GUGUCAGGACACGAUAGAGCGGAGACGUGUACCAUGUAAGCUAAUAACGUUUACUGUUGUUCCCCACGGGAAAAGCACAGAAAUAAAACUCACAAUCUUAUAAAGAGUAUUCUUCAAAGUCCAGGAAACUGUACGAAGAAGGAGAGAGUCAUGGUUGAUCGAAUCGAUAGGCCAAUAAUAUAUAAGUUAACCCGUAAACAGUAAUCAAUGAUUGAAUCCUUUUCAUAAUGAUAUUUUGAUAUUCUGGAGAAAGGUACAUGCAAUGCCGAUGGCGAUAAGACACAGUACCAGUCUAGGCUAGAGAGCAGAAAAACAUCGAGCGUCCGCAGGCGUCCGUAAACAUGGUUCAUAUACCAUGAUACGUCUAGUGUUGGGAUGUUCAUAUGGAGCACAGGCACCACUGCAGCAGCGGCGGCGGAGACAACAAGAGAGCCACUUGGUGUUGGAGACAAAUCCGCUGGAGUGGUCGGUGGAUGACGUCGCCCGAUUCAUCGCGAACACAGAGUGCGCUCACAUGUCUCGCAUCCUCGGGGAACAGGAGAUUGACGGUCAGGCGCUGAUGCUGCUCAACCUACCUACGGUGUAGGAGCACCUUGAACUGAAGCUGGGGCCCGCCGUGAAGCUAUGUCAUCACAUAGAGAGGGUCAAGGUCGCUUUCUUCGCACAGUCAAGCGACGUUGCCGGCAUCGCCCGUGCACGUGCCAAUCGCACCCCCUUCCGACGUACCUCGGCCGCCGUCAACAGAUGCCGAUGUAAAGACAACCAGAUCCGGCAGAACUGUUAAAAUUCCUGUGAGGUUUAGGCAGUAGCAUCAGUAGUAUCGGAGGAUAGAGUGUCAUGUCUUAUGUUAAGCGGUUUUAUUUUAUUCAGCUAUGAUCGUUCAUUUGUAUAACACGUAUCGGUGGCACAAGAAGGUAUAAUUUGUGAUGUAUUGAUGAUAUUUGAUAUAAGUUGAGUUCUUGUGAAGCGAUAACGUUAAGUCAUACUAUCUAUGAGGACUGGGAGAAUAGUUAGUUUUGUCUUCUGUUAUUUUAAUAAUUUUGGGUUGUGUUACUUUGAUGACUUAAGAAAUAGUGUUGAUUGGUGUUGAGCUAGAUCGAGUUUUUCCAAAAAGGGAAAGAUGUUAAGUGUUGUAAUACACGUCUGUAAUAGCCUAGUCAGCCACUAGAUGGCGACACACGUGUCAAUAGAUGGGUGUAACGUACACGUGUAUACACGAGGCAGUUGGGCAGUGGACAGGGCACGGGGCACACGUUUGUGUAGCUGAAUAAACGCUUGUGUAAACGUU